AGAUAGAUGGCAGUAGCGAUCUAUCCUUGGUGUUUGGGAUGGAAAAAAGGUUCGAGUUCUGAACGAUUCUGGUAAAUUAAGGCAAAGGUCUCGGUUAAGGAUGUCCAAGGAUAAGAAAACACUACCUGAAAAGUUCAAAGAUUUUUUUGGAUUUUCUAAGCAAACUGCAGCAGCCCAGGUGACUUAUGAGAAACCAAAGCCUGAAGACUACAUAGUAACAUGUGAAAAUAUUAAGGAUAUCAGCAGUGAGUGCCCCACUGGUCACAGACUAAAGAACAUCAAGGAACUGUGUGAAAUCGUGCGCUCCAAACGACUGAAACAGAAUGCUGUUGAAGCAGUUGUAGCGAAAACGGAGGAUCUCCUAAACCCAUCUGUAUCGUCUGAAGCACGGCAACUAGUUCUACGUUUUUACUCCUGCCUUGUUCAAGGACAGCAAGAGAAAAUGACAACUAUGAGAGGAUACUUCUUUAAGAAGAUCAAGAAUCAUCAGAAGAAAGAAGACAUAACACAGAGGCUGGAACUUUUCCGAGCCCUCACGGAGAGUGGAAAAGUUAUUGUAUAUUUUGAAGAAGAGACAGGACCUUUUCUUUUGGAGUGGAUGCCAGAUGUGAUUAGUGCCGGCAAAUCUACAGAGUUUUUACCCAUGGUGAUCAACGUCGUUAAGUUUAAUGCAGCUUACUUAGAUCAAGAUAUUAUCUCGGGUCUCGUUCAACAUUCGUGCACUUUAUGCUGUCGCACCAAUGCUGAAGAAGUAGUACAGCUCUGCUUGGACGUACUCGACGCCGUAAUCUGUUACAGCUACUUGCCAUCCAACAGUCUCACCCACUUUGUCACAACACUUUGUUGUAUCGUCAAUGUUGAGAAGUUUAGCCAGACAUCUUGGAAGCUAAUGCGUAAUCUGUUGGGAACUCAUCUCGGUCAUGGGACAAUAUGCACCAUGUGUAAGAUACUACAGGACCGACAAAACCAAAUGAAUCAUGGUCUUUUACGAGGUGCCGUCUUUUUUAUUGGUAUGUCACUGUGGGGCACUAAGAAGGUGUCAUCACUGAAGCACACACCGACGGCAGUCCUUCCCAGCAUUUUAAAGGCUCUAGAUUGCGAGCACAGUGUUGUUGCUUAUGAGGUAGUGUUAGCCAUUCAUCGUUUAGUCCAGAAGUACAAUAGUGAUCUUCAUGUGGUCUCCUGGAGUCUCAUCUUAAACAUAAUAGAAAAACUUGCAGCUCUCCCAGAAGUUUCAAGGCCUAGCUUCCCACCCUCCAACUUAGUCACAACUCUACACAACUUGAUCAGUACAGUGGAGCAGCUUCGUGAAUCUGGUAGCUUUAAUGGCUCGGUUGAGAGGUUAUUUGACAUUGUAGAAAAAUGCUCUAUGUCACGGCCAGAGCCUUCUGUCUUGCGUCUGGUUCAGUACAGAGCUCAGCAGAUCUACCCGACCAAAGAACAGUGGAUUUCCUCACUUAAUCUUCUGAUGGAGAAGUUUUUUAAGCAUGAGACCAGAACAGCAAUCAGAGUGAGAGUCUUGCACGUUUUAUCAUACCUACUUCGCACACAAAGAUAUAUCUACGAAGAGGAGCUAGUGGACCAAGUUAUUCUUCAACAUCUUGGUCAUCUGGAAACUGACCAGGAUGUUACAACAACGAAUGUUGCUGUUCAGUUACUUGUUGACUUUGCUCAAGACAGCUGUAGUAAGAGAUGUCUGGACAUACUGGAAAUUCUCGAAAAAGUUAUAAGCAGACCUUUCGAACAGAGCCUUUCAGGGUCUGGUAAAGAAUCUGCAGACACCGUUCAUAUCGUGAACGAGGAUGAAGUCAUCGAUAUAAAAACGGCUGUUUCUGGGCUUGUGGAAGUUUUUAAGAUAUUUGAUUUCCUACUGAAGUUACGCUGUAAUGCUCUAGGCCAGGUAGGAAUUUCUAACAGUGAAAACAAGAUUUCCUACAGUCCGUACCUUCUUAGAAGCCACACUGACUCCGGUACUGAGCAUGGGAAAUUAAGCCCCCCACCACCUGCUGCUCACCCCACUAGCAUCAUUUCGUAUCUGUCGUUAGACCUUGCUUUGAAGAGUAUUGUCACUUGUCUCAAACAGGAAACUGACUGGGGUGUUUUAAAGUUAGUACUACAGCAACUACCACAAUUUCUCCAAAACAAAGCUGUCGUUCUCUGUGGAAAAGGAAGUAUCAGGUCUCUGUGCUUGAGUCUGUGUAUCAUGGUUAGCGACAGGAACUCGGGUCUACCCGAGAAACUCAGGAACGCUCCUCUUCAGUUCAUUCGUUCAGACUUCCAUGCAUUUAUCUUUCCAGUUCUUGCAUCACUGGCUGCCUACCAUGGUGAGCUCGACCAACAUGCACAGAGGAUGUUGAUCAACUGUCUAGAGUUUGGUCUGGUAUCCAAGUGUGCUCGAAUGUGCAUUGUGGCUCUCACACUCUGUACUCUCGAGAUGAGAGAUGUAAUGUACAAGUUACUUCCCAAUAUCACCAUUAGUUUAUCGAAGAUUUCAGCUAAUGUGAGAAUAGCAGUACCGAUAUUGGAGUUUCUGUCCUGUUUGAUUAGACUCCCCAGUCUCUACGUGAGUUUUGUGGAGGACCAGUACAUUCUGAUAUAUUGUUUUGUGUGUUUAG